CUUCACAGACUCACAGUUCACACCAUUUGUUAGCGGCAAUGGCGUCGAUGGAGGAGUCGUCUUCGUCGUCGUUCAGGACGCCGGGCUCCGUGCCUUUCAAGUGGGAGCUCCGGCCGGGCAUCCCAAAGCAACCUGAAGGUGACGGCGCCGACCUGCCAGCGUCAGCGUCUUCGUCGCUGCAGCUCCCUCCAAGGCUCCCGCUGUCUCCAGCCGCUGCUGCCGCGUCGCCUCCGCGCGCAGGCGCGCGCGGCCUCGCUUCGGCAUCGAUGCGACGGAGCUGCGCGGCCGUGUCAGCGCAGCCGUCGACGGCGACGACGCCGCGGCACCGGCGGUCCAUGUCGGCCCGGUUCGCGACGUCGCUCGCGCUGCCCUUUACGGGGCCGCGGUGGCGUGGCCGAUCGAAGGACGAGGAUGACGUCGCGUUCGCGGCCAUCUACGGCGACAAGAUCGUGUCGUAGAUGAACCUAUGUGUCUCGUCGGACUGUGAUUAUCAGUAAUGCCUUGCUUCAGUUAGGAAUCGAUUAUUGGAUACUCGUCAGUACUGUUUGUGUAGAUUGCCUCGUAAUUACCUGCUGGCUGCUGCCAAUCAGGAUACACUGUCAGUGUGCUCACACGUUCCCGUUUCAAGAAUUAAUUUUGCUUC